CAUGCGCAGUAGAGGCCGGAUUGUUGCAGGCUCAGACAGGGCGGCCCGUUACCAAGCACUGCAGCGCGCUUUGACGCACGGACUCCUGCCGGCCAAAUAACACCAAACGCAAAAGAACGUUCCUCUGUUUUCUCUCAGGAAGGGAAUGGCAGUGAACGUGUAUGCCACAUCCGUGUCCAUUGACAACCUCAGCCGCCAUGACAUGCUUGCAUGGGUCAACGACUCCCUGCAUCUCACAUACACCAAGAUCGAGCAGCUCUGUUCAGGAGCAGCAUAUUGCCAGUUCAUGGACAUGUUAUUUCCAGGUUGCAUUCUUCUAAAAAAAGUCAAAUUUCAAGCCAAGCUGGAGCAUGAGUUUAUACACAACUUCAAAGUUCUUCAAGCAGCGUUUAAAAGGAUGAGUGUUGACAAAAUAAUUCCAGUAGAAAAGCUUGUUAAAGGAAAAUUCCAGGACAACUUUGAAUUCGUGCAGUGGUUCAAGAAGUUCUUCGAUGCUAACUACGACGGGAAGGAGUACGACCCCAUGCUAGCCAGACAGGGGCAGGAUGUUGCUCCUCCCCCCAAUCCAGGUGAUCAUUUUAUCCACAAACCAAAGAGAAACCCAGGACCACAGAGAACAUCUCCAACAGUUCCUAAAAACAUGCCAACACCACAGCGGGUCCAACACACCAUGCCUGUUAUAAGGAAGAAUCCAUCUUUGUCCAGAAAUGGGGGCAGCGAUGCAGAGAUCAUGGAGCUAAAUCAACAGUUGAUGGAGUUAAAACUGACAGUCGAUGGUCUGGAGAAAGAGAGAGACUUCUACUUCAGCAAACUACGGGACAUUGAGCUCAUCUGCCAAGAACAUGAGAGUGAAAACAACCCUGUGCUCAGCAGGAUAAUUGAUAUUCUCUACGCAACAGAGGAAGGCUUCGCCCCUCCAGAUGAAGACGACCUUGAUGAACAAGGUCACCUGGACCAGGAUGAAUACUGAUCUCCUACCACCUUCACCACCCCUUUUUUUUUUCUUUUUUCCCUCAUUUUUCUACUCUGCACGCUUUCUAGAAAUGCUCCUCUUUAUACCUGAUCUUUAUUGUUUUCUUUCUUAAUCAUGUUUAAAUCAUUUGCUAACCAAAAUCUCCACCCUCUGUCUUUCCACAACUGCUCCAUCUAAUUAUUUCCUGUUCCUCCUUGCCUCCACUUACACUGUAAUAGUAAUGUACAACAAUAUCCCAGUGAUUUUAGCAUGAGCAAUGCAUAAAACAGAACUGGAACGAGAGGAAUUAUAAUGAAGCAGAGUUUCUGUUUGUAAAGAUUAACAACAUUGAUUUAUAAAUGAAUAUAACUUUUUUUUCUUGAGUGUUUAUUUGCCUUUAUGCGUGCUGUUAAAUGCUACCGUAAGAGCACAGAUCCACAUUGCUCUAAAGUGCCAUCAUGACACUCCUUGAGCCACUAAACCUGUAACAAAAGUGACUUUUAAAUAACUUUAUUUCGUAUUUAUUUAACUUAUAUUUUGUUCCAGCUGAAUUUCUGUAGCAAAACUGUUGCAAUCCUACUGUAUGUAAAAUAAAAGCCAAGGCCACUUGUGCGGCGGUCUGCUCUUGGGUCGGCGUUAAGCUUUGGUGUUUAUGUUGAGGCGGGUUUUAAAGCAUGUGAAAUGCUAAAGGAAGUUGUUCAGUGCAACAACUUCAGAAAUGUGAUCAAUGCUCUGCAAAUAUUCCUUAUUUAUGAGCAACAUAUCCGAGCAUGAGAAUGUUAUACAGUGACUGUGAAUGAGUGAUAUUUUGUAAAUGUGCUUUGUGUGAAAAUUUUGUAAGUUGUCUCAAGAUUCUGGUUUUAUCCCUACAGUAUCCUAUUGGCUGACAAUACAUUAUCCUUUUAGCUUAACCUGCAGACAGAAAAUAUGGUUAUGUAGCAGUACAUCAAUCAGUAAAGACAUUUUUACAUGACAGUUUUCUCUUUUCCUGCUAAAAGUUGUGUUUUAUUUUUCAUUUGCUGAAAAGUUUACCAGAGCUUUAGCUGCCAUUUGAAGGAAAGUUGAAACCUGUGAUCCGAUGACUGGCAAUCAGUACCAUCCAGUAAACUACGACACCUCCUUUUCUUUCCUGAGCUAUUUUCAUUUGCAAACUGGCUGUCAUUAGCUCACUGGAACAUGCAUCUCUUUGACCAUGUCCAUUGAACAAUAAUCUUUUGAGUUUUCAUUAAAUACAAAGUUG